UCUCCUCCAACUCCAACACACACACAAAAAUACUAAGAGAGAGAGAGAGAGCGAAACAGAAAGGAGAAGAAUCAGUCAUGGUUGAGCUGUUUUUUACAGGCCUCUUCAUCGCCAUCAUUACCGACCCAUUUCUCAGAUUUUUGAUCUUUUCAAUUAAUGCCCCCAUAAAUUUUUUCAGCUCCAAUUGAGAAAAGGGCUUCCAUUUGAUGUGCGGGGAAGAAUUUAGAGGGUCCCUACUCUUUGUGGGUCGGAUCUCGUACCUCACAAAACUGUCACAUCUCUGAACUCUUCGAUUCUCAUCUGCUCUCCAAAGAAAAGCACCAAGCUUUGUGAUCCGUGCUCGAUCUGAGUCCCUCCUCUGCUUUCUCUGCCAUUUGGGUUCUCCUUUCUGCAACAAACAAGAUCAUGGGAUGGAAUGUAGCAUAGAACUGUAGCACAUUCGAGGUAAGGCUAGCCAGCUGGGUUUUGAUUUGGUUUACUUGUCUUGUGUUGUGUUGUGGUAGUUUCGAGUAUUGAAAAACAUGGAAGAGGAUCAGAACCAGCACAAGAAAUUCGUGUGCAAGUUUUGCAACAGGAGAUUCCAAUGUGGGAAGUCACUUGGUGGUCACAUCAGGACCCAUUUGAACAAGAAACCAACUCGGGAAAAAGAACAGGAGAUGGAAGAAGACGAGUUUGCUAGAGUUACUAGGACUGCAAAGCUUUUGUCUUUGGAUUCCGGGCCGGAAGGGCAAUCCGGUUAUCGUCUCAGGGAGAAUCCCAAGAAGACUUGGAGGUUUGCCGAUCACAAAGUCCCGAGUUUUCAAUUCCAGCAGGAGAAAGUGUGCAAGGAAUGUGGGAAAGGUUUUCCAUCGCUGAAAGCUUUGUGUGGUCACAUGGCUUGUCACUCGGACAAGGAGAGAAAGCUUGAAGAGUUUUCGGAGACUAGUGAGAAGCAGAAGCUGGUGAUGGAUAGUCAGUCUGAUACUGAGACCUCUUCAGCUCCAACAAAGCAGAGAAGGGUGCUGAAGAGAAUGAGGGAGAACAAUUUUGAAGUUCAUCAUGGUGGUUGUUCAUCUGGUUCUGGAGUUGAGCAAGAACAGCAGGAAGUGGCUAUUAGUUUGAUGAUGUUGUCUCGUGAUUCGGGUUAUAAAGGGGGUCUGAAUUCGUUUGGUGAGUCUUCGGAUAACAACUCGGUGAUUCUAGAGGGCAAGUCAUCUUCUAUUGAUAUGAGAAUUAGUACUAAGAGAGGUCUGAGUUAUGCUGCUAAAGUGAAUGAUGUUAUGGACUUGAAGAGAGCAAGAGAGAAAAAGUUGAACUAUGAGGAGGUUACUGUUUCUGACAAUUCUGAUUCUGGGUACUAUAUACAUGAACCCAAGAAGGUUGAAUCAGAUGUUUCUGUAGAUGGGUUUGUGAGGAAUGGUGAGUUUAAGAAGUAUAGAGCUGAAUUCGGAUCCGGGUUUGGGCGCUAUGAGUCCUAUGAUGUUAAAUCAAGAAGGGCGUUUAGCAGCAAGUCUGAAAUGGUGAAGAAAUUGCCACGAGAAGAAGCUUAUGAACAAGGAGAUAGGGGUUCUUUAAAGUAUGCCUUGAGAAAAUCCACCAAGAAUGGCUUUCACAGACCAUUUACUAGCGGCUCUUCCAGUGUAGAAGCCUACAAGAAUGUUAGAAAGAGCAGCAAAUAUGAGUGCUUGACUUGUAACAAGACCUUCCAUUCUCAUAGAGCUCUUGGGGGUCACAGAGCAAGUCAUACAAAGAGCAAUGGCUACUCCGAGUCUAUGUAUGAAAGUGGAGAAAACAGCGUAGACAGUGAUGAGUCUCCUAUUCCAACACCUGAGAGUCAGCUUGUUGAGCACAAUAAGCCUUACAAAGGCAAAACCCCAAUUAACCAGGACUUGGGUGCAAAGAGAAAUUCAGGGUCUAAGAGAAGCAAGGGGCAUGAGUGCCCAUUCUGCUUCAAGGUUUUCAAGUCGGGCCAAGCUUUAGGUGGUCACAAAAGGUCCCAUUUUGUUGGAGGCUGUGAAGUCAAAACUGUGGUACUUGGACAAGAGCACCAGCAUCCGGAAGAAGAAGAAGAAGAAGAACAUGAACUUGAAGUCCCUGAAAAUGAGGCUGAAAUCCCUACUCUAUUUGAUCUUAACCUUCCUGCUCCUAUGGAGGAAGAAGCAAAUGGGAAUUUUGAGUACAUGUCAUGGUAGAGUUGAGCUUGGAAGAAGUUAGAAGCCACAACAAGAUCGAAUUUUUGGUGGGUUUUAUCAUCUGUUACUUAACAGCAGUACUUUCUGUCACUCUUCUGUAAUGAUGCAAAUGCAGGACAGUAUAGACAUUGAAACUUUUUGUUUCCCUUAGGCCACAGAUUCAAGGGGUGGAGGUAAUGGUUCAAUUUCUUGUUCAUGGACUUGAACAAUUAGUUAUGCUUUUCUGUUUAUUCUAAUAAUUUAUUUCAUUCUCUCAGUUUUA